AUGGUCCUAUUUAAUCAGAGUAUCUCAGUAGAGUCCAUACCUCUCUGCUUAAACUGUACCCACCAGACCUCAACAAACAAUAUUUCCAAAUCAAUCAUUAUUGGAGUCAUCUUUGGAAUAUUCAUCACCUUUGGAGUGCUUGGAAAUAUUUUAGUCAUUCUUUCAGUUGCAUGCCAUCGGCAUCUACAGACUGUGACCCAUUAUUUCAUUGUCAACCUUGCUGUUGCAGACCUUCUCUUAAUGUCCAUGGUGCUUCCUUUCUCUGCCACUUUUGAAAUCCAAGGAUAUUGGCUAUUUGGCCGCAUCUUCUGUAACAUAUGGGCAGCUGUUGAUGUCCUUUGUUGUACAGCUUCCAUAAUGAGCCUAUGUGUUAUAUCAAUAGACCGAUACAUUGGUGUUAGUUACCCAUUGAGAUACCCCAGCAUUAUGACUGAAAAACGAGGUCUUCUUGCCCUCCUUUGCAUAUGGGUCUUGUCCCUUGUAAUCUCAAUUGGACCAUUGUUUGGUUGGAAAGAACCAGCGCCAGAAGAUGAGACAAUCUGUGAAAUCACAGAAGAGCCAGGCUAUGCUCUCUUCUCGGCCUUUGGAUCUUUCUACCUUCCGCUCACCAUCAUCCUCAUCAUGUAUUUUAGGGUCUACAUUGUGGCCAAAAGGGAGGGAAAAGUUCUUAACCGUGGGAUGAAAUGUGAUAAAUCGGACUCUGAAGAGGUAACCCUAAGGAUACAUCGAAAGAGCACUCCAAAUAGUAUAAAUUACAAUUCCAGUACAAAGCAAAAGACUCACUUUUCAGUGCGACUCCUCAAGUUUUCUAGGGAAAAAAAAGCAGCAAAGACAUUGGGAAUCGUGGUAGGAUGUUUUGUCCUGUGCUGGCUGCCAUUUUUCCUGGCUAUGCCAAUAGGUUCCUUGUACCCUUCAGCCAAACCAUCUGUGACCAUUUUCAAAAUAACUUUUUGGCUGGGUUAUUUUAACAGCUGCAUCAACCCAGUUAUCUACCCUUGUUCCAGCCGUGAGUUUAGGAAAGCCUUUCAGAACAUUCUGCAUGGCCGCUGCUCUCAUAGGAGACAGGCUUCAAGUAAAUUCUCAUCAGGAUACAUCUUAAGCAGCCCAGUGCAUCGAAGUCCAGAGGAGCAAAGAGAUGUUGUGAGAAUCCCAGUAGGUUCUGGAGAGACAUUCUACAAGAUCACAAAGUCUGAUGGAGUCUGUGAAUGGAAAUACUUUUCACCAGUACCAAGUCCAUCUUCUCCAUAUGGACCACCAAAGGACUUCUCAAACCGUUCAACUGCCAGGGUGAGCAGUAAGUCAAUUUUACGGGCCUGCUGUUGCAUUGGCACAGAGCAAAUACGCACAUGCCACAAUAUUCCAACUAUUAAAAUACAUACAAUCUCGACAAGUGAAAAUGGAGAACCUGUCUGA